AUGUCCAACCAAACCGCUGUGACUGAGUUCCUUCUCAUGGGAUUCUCUGAUGUUCGGGAGCUGCAGAUUUUACACUUUGUGGUGUUUCUACUGCUUUACCUGAUAUCCCUGCUGGGGAACCUUCUCAUCGGCAUAGCCAUAGCCCUUGACCACCAUCUUCACACCCCCAUGUACUUCUUCCUCAUGAAUCUGUCCAUCCUAGACCUUGGCUCUGUCUCUGUCACCAUCCCCAAAUCCAUGGCCAACUCCCUCAUGAACACCAGAUCGAUUUCUUAUUCUGGAUGUGUUGCCCAAGUCUUUCUCCUCGUCUUCUUUGCUUCAACAGAUUAUGCCAUACUGACCGUUAUGGCAUAUGAUCGAUACGUCGCCAUCUGCCAACCACUGCACUAUGAGACUGUGAUGAACAGGAGAGCUUGUGUCCAAAUGGCAGCCAGUGCCUGGAUCAGUGUUAUUCUCUACUCUGCAGUGCACACUGGAAACACGUUUGUAGUAUCCUUCUGUGGAGGCAACGUGGUGGAUCAGUUCUUCUGUGAAAUCCCCCAGCUCCUCAAGCUUGCCUGCUCUGACUCAGACCUCAGUGAAGUUGGGUUUCUCAUCUUUAGUUUAUUUUUAUGCUUAAGUUGCUUUGUUUUCAUAAUUGUUUCAUAUGUUCAGAUCUUCACCACAGUGUUUAGAAUCCCCUCUGAGCAGGGCCGUCAUAAAGCCUUCUCCACCUGCCUCCCUCACCUCAUUGUGGUAUCCUUGUUUGUUGGCACUUCCACUUUUGCGUACCUGAAACCCAUCUUCAGCUCUCCAUCAGUUCGGAAUCUCAUGGUGGCCGUUCUCUAUUCUGUGUUACCACCAAUGAUGAAUCCGGUCAUCUACAGCAUGAGGAACAAGGAGCUCAAAAGUGCACUGAGCAAACUGAUAGGUUGGAGGUUAUUUAUUAAGAAUUAA